GCGCCGGUGGCCAAGAUGGCGGCGGCCGCUCUCCUGCUGUGGGGGCUCCUGGCAGUGGCGGCGGCCGGGGCUGAGGGGGGACCCCGCACCCUGGUGCUGCUGGAGAACGGCAACUUGCGGGACACGCAUUCGCUUUUUUUCCGCAGCCUGGCGGACAGGGGCUUUGACCUCACUUUCCGCACGGCUGAUGAUGCUGGGCUGUCCCUGAUCAAAUAUGGAGAAUUUCUCUAUGACAACUUGAUCAUCUUCUCACCAUCCAUUGAAGAUUUUGGUGGAAAUAUCAACGUGGAGACUAUCACUGCUUUCAUUGAUGGUGGUGGCAGUGUCCUUGUUGCUGCCAGCUCUGACAUUGGUGAUCCACUGCGAGAGCUGGGCAGUGAGUGUGGGAUUGAGUUUGAUGAGGAGAGGACAGCUGUCAUUGACCAUCACAACUAUGACAUAUCUGACCCAGGCCAGCACACGCUCAUCGUCGCUGACGCUGAAAACCUCCUGAAGGCCCCAACAAUUGUGGGGAAAGCAGCUCUGAACCCCAUCCUUUUCCGAGGAGUUGGGAUGGUGGCUGAUCCUGACAACCCACUGGUGCUGGAUAUCCUGACUGGCUCUUCCACCUCUUACUCCUUCUUCCCAGAUAAGCCUAUCACUCAGUACCCCCACGCUGUUGGGAAGAACACCCUCCUGAUUGCUGGACUCCAAGCCCGGAACAACGCCCGCGUUGUUUUCAGCGGCUCUUUGGACUUCUUUAGUGAUGCCUUCUUCAACUCUGCUGUGCAGAAAGCUACUCCUGGCUCCAAGAGGUACUCACAGACAGGUAAUUACGAGCUGGCCGUGGCAUUGUCCCGCUGGGUGUUCAAGGAGGAGGGAGUGCUGCGUGUGGGAGCCGUGUCCCACCACCGCGUGGGGGAGCUCACACCUCCCAACGCCUACACCGUCACCGAUCUGGUGGAGUACAGCAUUGUAAUUGAGAAGCUCUCUGAUGGUGAGUGGGUCCCCUUUGAUGGAGAUGACAUUCAGUUGGAGUUUGUCCGCAUCGAUCCCUUUGUCCGGACCUUCCUGCAGAGGAGUGGUGGCAAAUACAGCGUUCGCUUCAAGCUGCCAGAUGUCUAUGGAGUGUUUCAGUUCAAAGUGGAUUAUAACAGGCUGGGUUACACCCACCUCUACUCCUCCACCCAGGUGUCCGUGCGUCCCCUCCAGCACACCCAGUAUGAACGGUUCAUCCCCUCAGCUUAUCCCUACUAUGCUGGUGCCUUCUCCAUGAUGCUGGGGCUCUUCAUGUUCAGCAUUGUCUUCCUGCACAUGAAGGAGAAGGAGAAAUCCGACUGAGCUCCCUGUGGGAGGAGGAAAAGCUUUUUCCCCAGCACCAGGCAGGGACGAGCAGCACGUGGGACCCUGGUUUGUAGCCCUGUGAGGACUGGGAGGUGCCAGGCACGCUGUUGGGGCUGUGUUUGGUCUGUUUAUUUUUACACACGGGGGGUUACUAAGAAGGAAAAUGAGAUUUUUGAGGGGAAAUGUGUCACUGGAAGCAUCUGGAACCUUGACACUUCUGCUGGUGUUCUUGAGGAGUUGGUGGUGUUCAUCUCACCCCACCUUUUCUGAAUAAAGUCUUGUUCCUCUCA